AUGACAGAUUCGAACUUCAAAUUUCUCCGUACGUUCGAAUCUGUCUGCUGCAAUAUCAUAAAAAGGCAGCCAUUGCUCAACGAAUUCUUUCCAAGUAGCCAAACAGAAAGACGCAUGGCAGGCUCCUCCAAGAAUUAUGAAAAAAGUGUUCCUACUGCUACGAUGGAAUUAAGGAAUGAUGGUAGCAAUACAGCCAUUUCGCAAAGAAAGAUACAUCGUUCCAAAAUAUCCGAACAGGUAGAUGUCCUGGAGCUUGAUGCAGAUCUGGAAUUUCCAGAUGGCGGACUGAAAGCCUAUUCAGUUGUAGUAGGAUGUAUGUUAGGUUUUGUAUCGGUGUUUGGGGUAUUAAAUUCGAUUGGUGCAGUACAAGCUUAUAUUUCUGAGAACCAAUUGAAAUCAGUUUCCUCAUCGACAGUCUCCUGGAUAUUUGCAAUUUAUAUGUUUUUCACAUUUGCGAGCUGUAUAUUCUGUGGGUGCUACUUUGAUAGAAAUGGUUGCAAGUUGAUGAUGUAUGUGGGAACAGCAUUAUCGAUAGUGGGUAUAUUUUGUCUUGCGGAGUCUAAAGAAGUUUACCAGUUUAUUUUGUGCCUCAGUCUUUUGUUCGGAACAGGCUCUGGAAUUUUGAUGACUUGUUUUGUAUCGAGUGUUGCAACGUGGUUCAAAGAGAAAAGAGCGAUAGCGAACUCUAUUGCAAGUCUCGGCGGCUCCUUCGGAGGUAUUGUGUUUCCAGUAAUGCUUCGAAAACUAUACACAGAACUGGGUUAUACGUGGGCAAUCCGGAUUUUGGCAUUUAUUGUCACUUUUUGUUUGUUAGCCGCAUUAGCUCUGAAUAGAGAGAAUCCUUUGGUUAUGCGUUACAAUACUGAAAAAGAAUCUUGGAGAAAAGUAAUGAGUAUCUAUAUGAAGAACACUCUCGACUUACGUUUCUUGUUGGAUUUCAAAUUUCUAUUUUGCACUCUAGGUUGCUGUUUCGCUGAAAAUGGGUUAAUGGUGGUCGCAACAUAUUAUCCCUCGUACGCAAUCUCCAUUGGCGUGCCAGAGAAUACGUCUUAUAUGCUAAUCACGAUAAUAAACUGCUGUGGAAUUCUUGGUCGAGUAUCAGGCUACAUAGCGGAUCGUUAUGUGGGCCGCUUUAUGGUUCUUUCAGUUUGUCUACUAUUUAUGACCAUCUUAAGUUUGGUGAUGUGGCUUCCAUUUGGUCACAGCUUAAAGGUACUUUAUGCUUUUUCGGCAGUAUACGGCUUCGUUUGCUCCUCAAUUCUUUCGCUCGUGCCCAUCGCGGUGGGUCAAAUAUGCAAGAUCGAGGAAUUUGGGAAGAGAUAUAGCACAAUGUAUUUCAUGACCGCCGUGGCAAGUCUGGCGUUUCUUCCAAUUGCAGGUGCAAUCAUUGGGAAUGGCAGCAACAAAAACUACAACAACUAUAUCAUAUAUUGCUCCAUACUCACAUUUGCGGGAGCUUUCAGUUAUACGACAAGUCGACUAUAUGCCGUGGGUACAAAACGUAUAAAGUUCUGA